AUGGAUUACACCCAAUUUAAGAACACCAUUUUAUUAAACAUAAUCACGUAUGUGGGACCUUAUUGUAUCGGGAUACUAUUGACGCAGUAUUAUCACAAACACCCGAAUAAGGUUUACACGUGUGGGACGGGUGGAGCACCGGUACUCAACAGCAUACUGUCGUGGAAGGGAUGGCAACCCAUUAUGGGGACAGCGAUAUUGGAGUUCACUAUUCAACGGUCGAUGGGAACGGGUUUAGAGACACUAUGGGAAAGGGAGAUGAGGUGCCGACUAAUAGAUUAA